UUUAAUUUACGUAAAAGCAUAUACAUCUAAUAUACAUGGUCGCGCGUGCCUGUACACGCUGCUCGAGUGUUUGAAGUUCUUCUUCAAAUCAUGAAGAAAGAUACUCGUCCUUCCUCCUUUUGUAUGCGGAUAGAUCGAGUGAAAGAAUGAAUAAAUAUGACGUAUCAUGUUGUUUUAGCUCUAUUAGAAUGCGCUACCUUCUAAGUUAGUUGAAGAAGUCGAAUUCUGUGUUGUGCCUAGCCAAAUGGAGUUUUAGUUUUUAUGGGUCUCAAUUUUUGGACGAUUUCAGUUUACACGAGCCAUGAUAUUCAUAAGCAUGCACAAUCGUGUUGCUAUGCUCAUUUUUUUUGUCUUAUGUAUCACAGCCAAUAUUCAAGAGGAUUAAGGCAUCUUGUUUAGCCAGUCCAAGUUAUAGGCAUAGUCUUUUUGAAGUUGUUUAAGAAGUUGUGGUGGUUAAAAAAUCAUUGUUAAUGGCGGAUCUUAAAGAACACCUGCUCCCUCCGAAACCUCAUUCAGCUAUAAACCUUAGGGAUGCAGCUUAUCGAUCUCCAGCCAGUGGGCGGCAACCUUUUCAGGGUAUGGAUGUUUUGGGGCUGAAGAAGAGGGGCCAAGGCCUGCGAUCUUGGAUUCGUGUUGAUGCAUCUGGGAAUUCCCAAGUCAUUGAGGUUGACAAAUUCACUAUGAUGCGGCGUUGUGAUCUUCCUGCCCGUGAUCUGCGACUGCUUGAUCCCUUAUUUGUUUAUCCCUCAACGAUCCUGGGUAGGGAGAAGGCUAUUGUUGUAAACUUGGAGCAAAUUCGUUGUAUUAUCACUGCCGAUGAGGUUCUUUUAUUAAAUUCCCUAGAUAGUUCUGUAUUGCAUUAUGUGGUGGAGCUACAACGUCGAUUGACAACAAAUGCUGCGAGUGAGGUCUGGCAGUCUGAUGCUACUGACUUGAACCAAAGGAGGGGAACUAGAAAUUUGGAAAAUGUUGUGUUUGGGAGCCCAUCACCAGACUAUUUGCCGUUUGAGUUUAGGGCCCUUGAAGUUGCCUUGGAGGCUGCUUGUACAUUUCUUGAUUCUCAGGCAGCAGAAUUAGAAAUUGAAGCAUAUCCAUUACUAGAUGAACUUACAUCAAAGAUCAGUACACUCAAUUUGGAACGAGCGCGUAGAUUGAAAAGCAGGCUUGUUGCGUUGACUCGAAGAGUGCAGAAGGUUAGAGAUGAAAUAGAGCAACUCAUGGAUGAUGAUGGAGAUAUGGCUGAAAUGUAUCUUACGGAGAAGAAAAAAAGGAUGGAAACAUCAUUUUGUGGUGAUCUGUCAUUGAUGGGAUACAGAUCAACAGAUUGUACAUCUGUUUCUGCUCCUGUUUCUCCUUUUUCUUCACCCUGUGAAUCCCGGAAACUUGAGAAAAGCUUGAGCAUUGUAAGGAGCAGACACGAGAGCAUGAGGAGUUCUGAGAGUGCCACAGAAAGUAUAGAAGAGCUUGAGAUGUUGUUGGAAGCAUAUUUUGUUGUCAUUGAUAGCACCCUAAACAAGUUGACCUCGUUGAAGGAGUACAUCGAUGACACAGAAGAUUUCAUCAAUAUUCAGCUGGAUAACGUUCGGAAUCAGCUGAUCCAAUUUGAGCUGCUACUCACAACUGCUACAUUUGUUGUUGCGAUCUUUGGGGUGGUGGCAGGGAUCUUUGGCAUGAAUUUUUCAAUAUCCUUAUUCGAUGACACUAGUGCAUUUAAGUGGGUACUUGUAAUCACAGGAAUUAUUGGGCUUGUGAUAUUCAGCGCAUUCGUGUGGUUCUUCAAGCACAGAAGGCUAAUGCAACUGUAAAUUUGACACGAGACAGCAACUAGGAAAGUACAGAGGAGGAAGUCAUUAGUGUUUUACCUUUGUACUCUAGAAGUUAUUAUAGUAGAUAUUGGCUCGAUUUUAGAGCAAUUCUUUUGAGUCAAUAUAGGUUCAAUUGUAAGAAUUUUUGUUAGAAUGUCCGUUAAUUGUAUAUUAAGGCAAGGAACGUCCCUAUCCAUCAAAUGUGUAUUAGAAGGGCGGGGCUCCACCAUGAUUAUAAUUGGGAUAGAGAAGUAGCAGUGGAUAGUAGAUUUGAGAAGAUUGUUCUCCAAGCCGAGUCACCCGUGGAUGGCAGCGGCCUCUGCUUUCUGAAUAUUGAAGAAUUCAACCUAUAAUCCACGAUAUCUCAAUGCUUCUCCAGACCCUUAAAAGCUGGUCUGCACUAGAAGAUCCUGUAUGCGCUCUCAGUUCCCCCACUUUUGUAGUGGAAAAGGUCUGCCUCUAUAUACUUUCUUAAUAGACAUGUUUUAUGUUCUUUGGUAAUGUGAUGUGCAGCGUGCUUAGUAACA